CAACAGCUGUUUGCCGGUUUUUUAGUUGUUGUUGUCAAACUUAACAAAUUCAUUUAUUUUUCUGCGGAACAAUUAAGAAAUUAGUAUUUUCUUAGUUUUAUUAACUAAAUUAAUGUUAAAAACUACUAGCAAACAAGCUUCAAAUUUUCUACGUUUUUACGGCAAUAUGUCAACCGGUUUAGCUUUGCCAGAAGUGGUUAAACGUUUAGAGGUGUUUGCUCCCUUAAGUUAUGCCGAAAAAUGGGACAAUGUGGGUUUGCUGCUGGAACCAUACAAUCAGGGACCCAUUGAAAAAAUACUUUUAACUAAUGAUUUAACCGAACGUGUCAUGCAAGAAGCUGUGGAUAAAAAUGUCAAUAUGAUUGUGUCAUAUCAUCCGCCAAUAUUUUCUGCUUUAAAGAGAAUAACUCAAAGAACAUGGAAGGAACGUAUUGUUUCCAUAUGCUUGGGUAAAUCAAUUGCUUUAUAUUCACCUCAUACCGCAUGGGAUGCUGCAUUGGGUGGUGUUAAUGAUUGGCUGGCCAAUGCAUUACCCGUCAAAAAUAUCAAACCUAUUCAGCUCUGCAUUGUAAGUUUGUAA